GUUGUUGCUAAGCAUUGUUUGUUAUACAAAGUUUAGAAAUUGGUUAGCAGUGAGUAAUCACUUACAGUUUAGAAUUUUGUUAACCAGAAAGUUACCUGUCGAUUUCAGCAUCGCUUUAGAAGUUUGUUUAGCAACAAAAUAUGUCAGCGAGAUCGGAUGUGUAUACAUCAGACGGUCAUGUACCUCCAAGUAAGGGUGUAACGAACAUGGGGAAUGGAGUGAAGGGAAUCAUCAAAUUAUUCAACCAGAUGUCCACCAAUGUUCAGGGAAAAGAGUUGCAAGAAAUGAAGGGAGUUGAAACUCGCCCAGAUGCAGUGAUGAAAAAGCUUAGAUUUGAGGUAGACAUUGAAAAUAACCUGGAAAGAGAUAAAGUAAGUAAGAUUGAUGGAAAAAUGAAGCCACACGGUACGACAGAAGUUUUCCACGCCACGAAACCUGAUGUACCACGAAAUGCGCUAAUGAGCGGGAAGGCCACUGGACCUUCUAAACCAAACAAGUCAGCUCCAAAAACAAACAAAACGAAAGGACCUCUCAUGGCAAAUGAGGACCCAAAACUAUUAGAAGCACAGUUUCUUACUCAGAAGAAGAAAAUUUAUGCAAUGCAAACUGAGUUAAUUAAAAAACAGGAGAACUUUAAGAGAGAGCACUCAACACUUGUUUAUCUACAUGACAGAGUAUUGAACUCGACAGGGAAGAAUUUAGAUGAUAGCAUUCUUGCGCUAAACACAAGUCUGCCCCAGGAAUUGCGAACCAUCGCUGUUCAACUGGAAAAUGAGCAGGACAGGGAUAAGAAGAUGAAACUCCUCAAGAGUUCAAAGGAUCUUCAGUUAAGAACCGCACAACAGGAAUCGAGCAAAAUGAAUCCUAAUUUUUCUAGAAAUGGCCGUAAGAUCUUGCAAUCAGACAAGGUAAAGGAUUUGGCUGUCCGCAAGACGAACGAACUGAUGAAGGCAGAGGAAAGGAUUAUGGAAUUGGAGGAGGACAGGGAUCACCUUGAAUUUAGGGUGUUUCAACAUAUUGUAAGUACGUACAGGAUGGAAAAUGAAGCUGAGAUUGUUAUUAUGCAACUUCAGAGUCGAUUAGAUGACGCAAUACAGAAACUACAAGUUAAACAGAACUUAAGCCAAUUACAGAAUGGUCUGAAAGAUAAGAAAGGGAGGAAACUCAGAGAUACUGUCCUGACUGAGAACACUGACGCCCUUAAGCAACAGGGAUCGGUACUUGCCAAGAAGAAAUCAUGUGGACAGUUUAGGUUCUCGUUAAAGAGAAAACAAGGCCAAGGUGCGAAGAUCUCGACACUACAAACAGCACCGGACGAUCGUAGCAAAGAAUUAUUGAAGGUAAAAAUGAAGACUGUACCAAGAAUAGGAACAUUUCAACGCCCAAAAGAGGAAAUGAAACAAGAUGUAUCAUGAAAGUAACAAAUCUAACGAAGAUCUACGUAGAAAUGACAUUUCGGAAGAGGUUAUCGCCUAUUAUCAUCAGAGGCAACGAGAGAGCUGCGUCCCACUGAGAUGAGGGAACAGUUCUGACACUAAACGUCAUCGAUCCCGCAGAUGAACGAUAUUGAAGAUCGCCGUCUUCUGGAUUUCUGUGCCGUGCCUCCAGAAGACAACAUCUUCAUACUUGCCACCAUUAAGAAGUCUUUAUAUGUUGCGCAGAAUUCUCUGAGUGUCCUCUGAGCAGACUUGCCAGAUUUUGGUGCCACGAUGGGCUUAAAGAGGGUACCUUCCUUAUGGAUCUUUGGAAACCUGCAGUGUCUUGAAGGCCUCGAGCCCUGUGGUUGUAGUCGUUGUGGUUGGAGUUGCCGAGGUGUCGAGAGCCAUCGUCUCAUUGCCUUUGUCAGCUGGGUCUCUGAUAAGGGCAAUGUGAUGGUGGUUCUUGUCACCACUGACUAACCAGAAGAAUGUUGCCCUUCCUGGGCCACCUACUGACUGAGACCAUUGUUCUUAUCAAAAGGUCAUCACUUUCUGCGGAAAUUGUCGUCCAAAAAUUAUGAGCGCAUGAUUUAGAGCUUCGUACGCUGUUUACUCUCCUGAAUAUCUGCAAGGAAGUAAUCCGACUUAGGUCUGUCGUAAACGCCAUCAACCAGUAGGUCCAAUAUCUGGCCAUUCGUCUUGGAGGACUCCCCGGAGGAUUCACUCACACUAUCAGAUUGAUUUCUGUUGGUUUCCGAGGACAUCGUUGGCAGUUUACGUGUGACCUCGCUUUUGAUUAAGAUGCCCUGAGACUGAACCAAACUUUUGAUUAUGACCCCGAUGAUGGGAAUUGUGAGUGAACUCAUACCACACUACACGGUGCAACAUCAUGCUCGCCACAGCGAGUAUUUGAAGUCUCUCAAAUUUUCAGUUGACGUUCAAAAAAAUUUUUAAUGUCAAUAAUCAUUACUGUAAAAACGAAUUGAGCAGUAUCGGCUGGAAUAAUCUGUGAAACAUUUAAUAUUGAAUAAAAUAGGCGUUUU